AUGGGGAAACGAUUGAAGAGAACUCUGCCUUUCUGCUCCUGCAGCUCUCCUCGCCUCUAUUCCUUUUUCUCUCUUCGCGCUUCUUUCGCCUGGUUUGAGGAUGAUGUAUGGAUUGAGAUAGCAAAGUGCCUAGAUGGAAGGUCUCUGGUGAUGCUUGCCACUACCUGCAAAUGGUUCUACAAGACUCUAUCAGAAGAAUGUGUGUGGAAAUUUGCCUGCUUACGCGAUCUAGCAGUUCCUGAUCCAGGAGAUGCGUCUUUUAAGUGGAAGAAACUAUAUGCAUCAGCUUUUGAUGGGAGUCACUCUUACUUGUUUCGCCAGCAGGAGAAACACAUAGAUUGGAUUCGGAUUGGUGCAUUUUUUCUAGAAUCAUCAGCAGCAAUUGUGACAGAGAAGCUGACUAGUCCUCCCCGAAAGAUACCUCAAAAGGAGACUCUUGAACAGAUGCUGCAAUCUCGUGGCUUAUGUGUACUCACCAAUAUCAAAACUGGAAUCUGGAUUGCUGAUCUGCAGCUCGUACGUUGCCCAGUCUGUGACCUUAAUACAUGUGAUGGGACAAUGCAGACACUAGAUGCAAGGCAUUUUGAGCUUUUCAUGAAUGAGAGUUACCAUGAUGGAAGCUGGGAUUACACACAAAUCGGCUCACAUGAAACCAAAAAACAUGUAGAUGGAGCUUCUGGUGCCAUAUUAGACAUGAAACACCUUAAAGAUGCUUCCAGUGCUGAGAUUUUUAAUCCAAAGUCAUGGAUCGGAAAACAGAAUGACUGGCAGCCAAAGGCUAAGCUCACUCUUCAUGCUGUUGCAGUCAAUACAAAUUUGCAACAAAAUGACGGAAUUAAUGUCAAAUUCCAUGUCAUGAGAGCUGGAACUGAUGGCCAAAUCAUGGCGAUAAGAGUCUCUCAGCAGCUUCUGUAAACUCCCGCUUGGCCACGACUGGAGUACCUUGUACAAUUCUUUUUGAAUGCUGCUGAUCACUUGGCACUUGCAGUUUUGAGGCUAAUCACCACCAGCUUUACUCACCACUCAUUAGUGCGUGGCGGCUUGAAAGAUCAUAGUCAAUUUAUCAGCUUCCAUUAAGUAUCUGGGCACCAGGUUAUAUAUUAGUAAACUAAACAAUGAAAGAUAAUACUCAUUAUAGUCAUACUGUAGUGCAUAGAAUUUUUGGAUAGCAAUUGUGUUGGGCUAAGCCGGUAAGGCAAGGCAGGAAAAACUGAUGGUGUAUGUGCUGUAAAACUCGAGAUUACUAGAAUUUUUUAUGAAUGCUCACUUCUAAGGUGAAGUGGCCGAGCAGUUGCUCUCCUUUCAUUUGCUUGCUUCAUCAUGCUACCAUAUCAGUUACAUUAUAGUUUAGUUCUUCAUUGAAUUUAAUCAAAGUUGGACACUUAGA